AUGGUCGGCUCAGAGACAGGACCAUACUGUGAUCCUGGAUCAGAUCUGGAAUCGCUGCUGGCAGGAUCGCUGCUGGGAUCGCUGCAGGGAUCAGAUCAGCACCCAGCAGUCGGUCCAGAUCAUCCGGAUCCUGAGUCCAGAUCUGGGACUCGGAGGAUCUGGGACAGAUCCUGGGACAGAUCUAGGACAGGAUCUAGGACAGGAUCUAGGAUCAGAUCUAGGAUCGAUGGAACGGGUCGGUUGGGGGAUGAGGGUUUCAAGGACAAUGUGGACGAAAUAUCGAGAUUGAACGCUCAGGCGCAGGAAUACUGGGUUCAUGGCAUGGUGGACCAAAUUCUCUGCACCAUGUACAAGGAGGCUGAGGAGGUCUUCAUGAGACUUGCUAGCACUGCAGCGAAGGAUCCGAGGUCAUACUUCAACGUCGGACUUGCGAAGCACGCGCAAGGGGACAUGCUGGGUGCGAUCAGCUGGAUAGAGAAGGCUCUCAAGCUACCUGGAAGUGACGAACAUCACAGGUUUCAGCUCUCGCUCCUCCUCUCAAAGCUCAACAGGCUGGAGUCCCUCAAGAACCUCAAGACCCUCUUGACUGUCGAGCCCCGGCAUGUCCCCAGCCUUCUCGAAUUUGGUCGCCUGCUACAGACAUGCGGGCAGAGCCUGAAGCGCCUGCGGCCCUUCCGGAGGAGAGAGGCAUGGCAGGAGCUGUUCUUCCUUGAGGCGCAGGCCCUGUUCAAGCGAGCGAUCAGCAUGCAGCCUGACAGUCCAGUGGCGCUGCUGGAGUAUUGCAUCUCUUGCACUCAGAGCAAGACGAGCGAAGACGAGGUGAGGAGGAUCGUGCAGCGGGUGACGGAGCCUGAAUCCAUCGAACGAGUCGUCGCCCUUGAACAGCUCUCAGAUUUCAACGCGGCCCAGGCUAUCAACCAGCAGGGAGUCCACGUUUUAUUGCAGGGAUACGCAGGUACCUCUGGCGCUUCAUACAUGCAUUACAACAUCCUCGACAAAGUACAAGCCCCUCCGGAGCAUGCCGAGUUCUACAGCGAGCGCCUCCAGCUGCUACCUGUCUCAGCAUUCAAGGGAGAGGGCUCGAGCGAGGAGGAGGUCAUGACUGAGGCUCUGCCAGCUGAGCGGAACCUCAAGAAUUUUGCAAAGGAGUUCAAAAACUUCCUCGAGCAAGAAAGAAUCAAGGGAAAGAGAGUCGCUGAUUUGUUUCUUGACACCCCUGAAUAUAACGCGCAUGGAACAGCAACAGAGGUCCUCUCCUCGGGUGUUCCUGUGCUGACGCUGCCAGGCAGCAAGGCUCACUCGUCCAGAGUCGCAGCGAGCGUUGUGAUUGCUGCUGGCCUGCCAGAGAUAAUUGCGAGGGAUCUUGAGGAUUACGAAGAGAUUGCAACCAAGUUGAUCUCGAGGCGAGUCUUUGACGUGUUCAGAGUCCCGCUGGUUGCUGGAGUGCUCGUGUCGUUGCUCACGUGGAUAGCAGAGAUUGCAUGGGAGCUCUUUGCGCAAGAGAUGGCAGCGCUGCACACUGUGGCAGCCGGUUGA